AUGGAGACAAUUGACAAAGCAAAGGUUUCAGAUCAACCUGAAUUGGGAGAACCCAUAGAGACAUCCGUGGAUGCUUCAAUUGAACCACAGGUGAAAGAGGAGACCCUUUAUAAUGAAGCACAAGCACCAAUUCCUAUUUCUACCACAGCUCAUCAAUAUUCUACUAGAUCAAAAGAUAAAAAGGACAACGAUAACAAUUUGAAAUCACAAUUGAAGCAGAAACAACACAAUGUAAUAAUUCAACCUCGUUUAAAGCCUGUACCGUUUAAAAAAUUAGAUUUGACUAAGAACGACGGGAAAGAACCAAGUAAACAAUUAAUAAAGAAAAUAAAUGAAGAUAAAUUUUAUCAAUCUGAUGAUCAUCCCUUUAACAAGAGAGGUUUUAAGUACAAACCUUGUAAACCGAAUCCCCUGUUUCCAUCGAAUUUAUACUCAACAACUGACUUACCUCCGUUCAUCGUCCGUCCAAGUUAUUUUGAUAGAUCACAGGGUAUAAUAUUCAAUAGCGACCUGAGCUCUGUAUCCACAUUACAAGGAUGGAGGUCAGUAAGAAGUAAUAUUGGUGUCAGAGAAGGAAAACAUUAUAUUGAGUUUAAUAUUAUAAAUGCAAAUACUUCUGCCGAUAAAAGCCAUGUACGAAUUGGGUUCGCUCGCAAAGAAGCAAGCUUAGAAGCUCCAGUAGGCUUCGACGGUUAUGGUUAUGGAUUAAGGGAUUUAAAUGGGCAGAAAAUUACAUUAAGUAGGCCGAUGGAAUUCAUGAAAAAUUGUAAAGAAAUAGGCGUUGCUGGGUUUAAAAGCGGAGAUGUAAUUGGUAUGCUUAUCGAGUUACCGUCUUUAGAAGAACACAAAAAAGCAAUAGAUGAUUUUAUUAAUCAGAAACUUAAGGAAAAAGGUACACAAUCUUAUGACAGUCAUCCUGGUAAGAAGAAGCGUAAGACGAAGAAAAACAAUGAAGCCGAUAAUGAUGAUGAAAAAUUUACUAAAUAUAAUAAUAUUUCAAGAGAUCAAAUUCCAAUCAAGUAUAAAAAUGCGUUGUAUUAUGAACAAUACGAAUAUACCACUACAAAGAAGAUGGACCAUUUGUUAAACCCUGUAACAGUGUUCGGAGAGAAAGCUAUUUUGGAAAAUGCUGGGAACUCAAGGGAAGCAACGAAUUUACAAACCAUUCCAAAUUCCAAGAUUACUGUCUUUAAGAAUGGGAUUGAAAUCGGGGUAAUGUUUGAAAAUUUGUAUUCGUUCUUACCUACAUAUCUUGAAGAUGCCGAAUUGAACGUCUCGUACAACACAAGACAACUGCAGAAUACAGGAUACAAGAAUACUGAUGAUGGUUCACUAGGAUACUAUCCAAUGCUUUCAGUUUUUCAAAACGGGGUUGUGGGCAUCAAUCCAGGACCUGAUUUUAAGUUCCCAAUAGCUGGAUUAGAUAACGAUGUAAGACCUAUGAGCGAACGAUACAAUGAAAUUAUAAUAGACGAAUGGUACUGGGACCUUAUUGAUGAAGUCGAAGCGGAAUACUUAGAUAGUUUUGACGUAUAG